AUGGACCAGCCCUGUCCACUGCUAAUCUUUGAAGGAGCAAUUUUUGAUCCCGAACUCAUAGAGAAGAUAGAAGAGAAUUUUUACAGAGGGGCCCCACCGAACUGGUUAAACUUCUAUAUCAGUGAACAAGCAGUGUCAGAUGGCAAUGCAACUCCUUUUAUCAAACGAGAUGGAUAUAAAACCCUUAAAGAACAAAUUCACCUGAGAAGAAAAGGCCCUGUGACAUCAACAAUCAAACUGUUCCAUCAACAAGGAUGUGGGGGAACCACACUGGCUAUGCAGGUGCUGUGGGACUUGAGGAAAACCUUCAGAUGUGCUGUUUUGACAGGCUCAACAUUAGAUAUCACAAAAGUUGCAAAUGAGAUAGUCCGACUUUUCAUGGCAGGCAGUCGAAACUACCAGAACACUGUGUUGCUGUUAGUUAAUGAUGAUGAGCCAAUCCUGAAAAAUCUCCAUCACAGCAUUAUAACAGAAAUGACUAAACAAGAAAUUGAUGCUGUUAUGCCUGUGGUCAUUUUACUCAACUGUGUGAGAAGUAGUGAUGGGCUUAUCCACCAAAAGGAACAUUCUGACAAACAAAAAGAAAAUGAGAAAAUGAGAAAAUCUAUAAUUCUCAAAAAAUCUCUCUUAGCCAGAGAGCAACCAGACUUUGAUAUGAAAAAAGCAGAGCUUGGCAGAAGAUUUGGUGAUCGGUGCAAGCAGUUUCAUGGUUUUAACAUUCUGCAGUCUAAGUUCUCUCAAGCCUACAUCAGGAAUGCAUGUGCUACAUUAGAACAUAUCAAAAGAACAAAAAAACCACUAAAGACGCAGCUUACCACCUUCCUGUGCCUGCUGAACGCCUACGUACCAGGUUCAUAUCUCCUGGAGUCUCAGUGCCUGAAGUUUCUCACUCUUGCUCGCUUUUAUUACAUUAAACUGAAAGACUACGAGCAAGCAGAAAAUUGGGCAAAGAGCGCAAUAAACAGAAAUCCUCAAAAUUCUUUUGUUGCUGACACACUUGGCCAAGUCCAUAAGAACCACCUAAAGAACAACAAAGUUACUGUCGAACAAGGAGAAAUUUUGCUGCGGGCCAAAAAAGCCAUUGAAGCUUUUGAAAAUGCAGAAAACCUUGCUGAGAAUGAAGAUGGACCAGAUAACGAUGAUCCUGAAUAUAUAUUUGGCAAGAGCAAAAACUGCUACCAAAAAUUUGUUGGAAACACAACCACAGAAGAACUCAUCCAGAUGUUUGAGAAAAGAAACCUAGAUGACCAGUCUGUAGAAGUACUGUCAUUUCUUGUCAAACAAUACACUCAAUCAGAGUGCAAAGAAAUAUCUACAAAGUGUAGAGAAAUGCAGUUUCCAAUUGAAGUUUCAAAAACAGCUCUGGUCAACAACAUCCUUACACAAUUUAGAGGGAAAAUGCCCCUGACUGACACAGACCCACCUGAGCUGCACAUGUUAGCUAUCCUCUUGGACUGGCCCAAAAAUAUAGACGAAUGUGAUUUUGACCUCAGUGAGUUGUCUCAGCAAAUGCACAACUCUUAUGAAAAUGCAUAUAAGAAGUUCUUUCGAAACAGGUAUCUACUUCCAUUGUUUUUCAUUGGGAAAGGUGAAGGUCUGAAGAGAAUUGUUCACAGAAAAAUUAUUGAAAAACAUCUGAAAGUGAUUGAAGCAGAUUGGAGCGAUAACUGGAAGAAAGAAGAAAUCUUCAGAAAUCCUGCUGUUCAAGACCUCCUUCUCAGACUUGAUGGAGAAGUAAGAAACUACAGAGUGUAUACAAGAGUUGGUGGUAAAGAGAUUGAGAUCAAUGCCAAUCUGAGGAACAGCCUUUGGAAAAAAAGUCAAGUUACCUUUUACCUCGGAUUUACUAUCAGAGGUCCUGUGGCCUUUGGCAUUCAGAACAAAGAUGCGGAUAGUAGUGAAUCUCCAGUAAAAUAA